AUGAGGUGUCGCUACAACUCCAACCUGCGGCUGCCACUCAUCCACCCACACCCCUACAGCCAGAUCACAGUGGAGAGCGAGUUUGACACCCACUCUACGAACAGGAGUGAUUCCCUGGUGUUUGUGGGAGGGGUGCCUCGUUCCGGGACCACCCUGAUGAGGGCCAUGCUGGACGCCCACCCUGCGGUGCGGUGUGGGGAGGAGACGAGGGUCGUGCCAGGAUACUGGGCCUUAAGCUGGGCUGGGCUGCUGGAAGGAGGGGUCAGCACCAAGGUCCUGGACCGAGCGGUCACUGCCUUCCUCCUUCAAAUCAUAGCAGGACACGGGGAGCCAGCACCUCUACUCUGCAAUAAAGAUCCCUUUACUUUGAAGAGCGCUAAGUACCUCGCUCACCUUUUUCCCAAUUGUAAAUUCCUGUUGAUGCUGAGAGAUGGCCGAGCGGCGGUGUACUCUAUGAUUUCGCGUCGCGUGACGAUCGGUGGCUUUGACCUCUCCAGCUAUAGGGACUGCCUGGCCAAGUGGAGCCGAGCCACACAGGCCAUGCUGACCAUGCACUCAGGUGUGGGCAGUAAGAGGUGCCUGGCUGUGAGGUAUGAGAGGCUGGUCCUCCACCCUCGUUACCUGCAGACAGUGCUAAAGUUCCUGGGUCUGCCGUGGCACGAGGGGGUUCUGCACCAUGAAGAGGCUAUUGGAAAACCUGGAGGAGUGUCACUGUCAAAAACGGAACGGUCCACAGACCAGGUGAUGAGGCCAGUGAACUUAGACGCUCUGACUCGGUGGGUAGGUCACAUGCCCCAAGUAAUGGCAGACAUGGACGCUAUCGCCCCCAUGCUGGGGAGACUAGGCUACGCCCCAGAGCCCCCACCUAACUACGGACAGCCUGACCCACAGUUCCUCAACACACAAAAGGGGAAGACAACAGCAUCAACCAAAACGGUGGUGGCGUAA